CCCUUUUUUCGAGGAACGACAGAAGAACAUCGCAGAGAGAACUGUGGAGGGUACACGCUCAAAAAUAACUGGUUAGAGCAGUGGAACCUUACACAAGGUUAACGGCUGAAUCAUGUCAGAUGAGGGCGAAGCUGAUUUCGAGAGUGAAUUCCCAGCACACUACAAGGUCAUGCUUGACAAGCUCAAUGAACAGCGGCAGCUCGACCAGUUCACAGACAUCACGCUCAUUGUCGAUGGUCAUCAGUUCAGGGCCCAUAAAGCUGUGCUGGCUGCCUGCAGUCAGUUUUUUCACAAGUUCUUCCAGGAUUUCACUUUGGAGCCUCUCGUGGAGAUAGAGGGGGUCAGCAACUCUGCUUUCCGCCACCUGAUGGAGUUCACCUACACCGCUAAGCUUGUGGUCAGUGGCUCAGAGGAAAUCAACGAUGUUUGGAAAGCAGCUGAAUAUUUACAGAUGCAGGAAGCCAUCAAAGCCCUUAACAAUAGGAUGAACAGCAGAGCUUCAUUCGCUACAGCUGCUGGCGUAACAGAAAAAAAUAAGGCCAAGAAGAGGAAGAUCGCAGAGACCUCCAAUGUGAUUACUGAGUCCCUGCCUUCUGUGGAGACUGAGCCAGUGGAGAUCGAGGUGGAGAUUGCAGAGGGUUCCAUCGAGGUGGAGGAGAGUGGACUGGAGGAGGUGGUGAUGGAUGCGGCAAAGAACGCAUGCAAUUCAGAGGGGACCUCAGAUGACUCUGCCCUGGCAUUGCUGGCUGACAUCACCAGCAAGUACCAGCAGGGCGAGCCAGCUCUGCACGUGGUGACGAAAGACAAUGGGGAGGUGGUGCUGCAAGAGGAGGGUGUUGAGGCCCCCAAGGCCCUAGAGAGCAUUGAGGUGGUGGAGGUCCAGAUUUCGCAGCUGGACAACAUGUUCCGCUGUGACAAGUGUGAGCGCUCCUUUAAGCUGUUCUACCACCUGAAGCAGCACAUGCGGUCGCAUGCAGCUGGCUUGGACAAGCCCUUCUCUUGUCGGCACUGCGACAAGGCGUAUGCAAGAGAGAGUGCUCUCAAGCAGCAUCUCAACAGCUGCCACUUUGAGGCAGAGGAGCAGUCACGGCGUCACCACCGACCUCAGAAAAAGGUGCACGUCUGCGAGUACUGCGACAAGCAGUUUGACCACUUUGGCCACUUCAAGGAGCACCUGCGCAAGCACACAGGUGAGAAACCCUUUGAGUGUCCAGAUUGUCAUGAGCGCUUUGCCAGGAACAGCACGUUAAAAUGUCACAUGGCAGCCUGCCAGAAUGGCUGCGGGGCAAAGAAGGGCCGAAAAAAGCUCUACGAAUGUCAGGUGUGCAGCAGUGUGUUUAACAGCUGGGACCAAUUUAAAGACCACUUGGUGAUUCACACUGGAGAGAAGCCCAACCACUGCACUAUGUGUGACCUGUGGUUCACCCAGCCACGGGAUCUACGUGUACACUUGCGAGAGGUCCAUAGUGGGGCGUCCAUGGAGGAAGUGGUGAUUACAGAGCCCAGCCCCACCAUCACUGUGGUGGCAUCAGAAGAGGAAGCUGGGGCCCUACUGGAAGAUGGCAUGCGGGUGGAGCAUGUGACCGUAGAGCCCAUGGACGUGGAGCAUGUGGAGACCAUGGUAGUGGAGGAGGAGUCAGCAAGGAAGUCCCUGGAGGAGGAUGAAGAAGAGGAGGUGAUAGGAGUGUGCAGUGUAGAGGAAGAAGGACUCAGAGUCUCAGCGGUUGAGGAUGCUGGUGGGCCAGAGGUAGAGAUCCAAUUGGAGCAGGUGACGGGUACUGGGGAGCAGAUUGUAUCGGACUUGGAGGUUCAUGUGGAACCGGAGCAGGUUGAGACGCAAGUGGAGACGCAGGUGGAGACGCAAGUAGAGUGUGAGGCGCAAUCUGUAGAAGUAUGAGGAACACCCAGUAGUCACCUGUGUCUGUCACCUUGCCCAAAAACAGACUAGAAGUCAAACGAACAUUAUGACAUGCAUUCGUUUAUCCUGCUCCAGGUCUCUCUUUAUUGGUCUCCUGCCCAGUUUGGAUUUUGCUGAUGAGGGUUUUAACAGCUUGCAACCAAAUAUUUUCAACUCACCUCUUCCCUUCUAAUAAUUUAUGGCCAUCUUAAGUGUAAGAGCAGAUUCCACACUGACUUUCCACAGUUUCAGCCUUUCACUCAAACAGCGGUAUAUCUUCAGAGUGUCACAGUUCUUGCCACCUUCAAGUGGAAAUGCUUAAGCAAGAAGCUACAUUGAUGACCUCAGGAAGUAAACUGCAAGAAGUUUGGCUCAGUACAAUAUAAACCCAAAUCCCCAGAUUAAUUACUCAUGCUCCCAAAACCUGUAAAUUCAGGAUGAAAGCCAACAAUUUCUGUUAUUGAACGCUUGUGUUUGUCUGGUCAGAUUAGAUUAAGCUUGAGGCAAUUUAUAAGUUGAAAAUCUGGUAAAACAUGGGGGUCAAACUUAGUUCCUGGUAAGCUUUGUGUUUUCUGGUUUUCAAACAGUCAGUUCAACUUUACAGCUCUGAUUUCAAGCCUUCUGUCUCUACUACCAGUGCAUUUCAACCCAAAUGUGGCAUUGAGAUUAUGCUACUUCCUAAAUACAUGUUGAGUUUGCCUCCCUCACCACAGGGUUUUGACUUAGAAACAUGAAACUGCUGUGUCGCAUUGCAUCGUUCACCAACAACAGUCAUAAAGGUACACAAAAUUCACUGUUUCAUCUUUUACUUUUUCCUCUUGGUCUUUUUACAUUGCAGGAAGUCAUAGUUUGCACUGUUUAUUUGUUACAAGAAUACAUCUGUUUUGUACAGCGCAAUAAAAUUAUUGCUACAAUUGAUGAGUACAACUCAAUAAAACUGAUGCUCUACUUUGUGAGCAUAUCAUGGAAUUCUGCUUAAUUUGAUUACUUAUAAAAAGAGCAGAGAUCUCAAAAUUUCAACCAAAUGUUUAUUACAUUUCAAGGUUAAAGGGGAACUUAAGAUCUUA